GUCAUUGAGCCGCUAAAGCCUAAAGGUUAAUAGGUUUACAUAGCAAAUAGCUCAUUGGCGUUUUUACAGUAUACACAUAUGGUAAAUGCGUAUCCUGUUUUUAACCAAAUGUUUUAAACGACAUAUUAAAAACAUUAUCUAUGGCGAAGCAUCACCCAAGACACCCAAAUUUAAUAUUUUGUCGGAAACAACCAGGAGUCGCUAUUGGCCGGCUGUGUGAGAAGUGUGAUGGAAAAUGCGUCAUCUGCGAUUCAUUAGUAAGAGUAGCCUACAGUAAGACCCUGUACUUUAGUACGAAUCUGUGAUGAAUGUAACUAUGGGUCAUACCAAGGACGGUGUGUGAUCUGUGGAGGACCAGGUGUUAGCGAUGCAUAUUAUUGUAAAGAAUGCACGAUUCAGGAAAAAGAUAGAGAUGGAUGCCCAAAGAUUGUUAAUUUGGGGAGUGCUAAAACAGAUUUGUUUUAUGAACGAAAAAAGUAUGGUUUUAAAAAGAGUGAUUGGAUCUACUUCAUCUAAGUGUUCAAGAGCACUUUGGUCUUUUCCUGCUUUGUUUGAAAAAUAUUCUAUCUCUACUAUUAAUCAGUGCAAAAGAAUGAAAUCUUUGUCUGAGUGGAGUUUCACUCAGCCAAACCUAUUAGUUCAAUUCCCAAUUGAUCCUAUUAAAGAAAAUUACAUAAGAAGAGUACCAGGCUGUGUUUUUUCUCAUGCAACUCCAACACCACUCAAGACACAAUUGCAGUUGGUUUCUGCUUCUCAUGAUGUAUUAGAAAACAUUCUAGACCUGAAUCCUAUUGAAGAAGCCAAUCCAGUUUUCGCUAAGUUUAUUGCUGGCAACGAGUUGCUACCUGGCUCAGUAACAAUUGCUCAUCGAUAUGGUGGUUAUCAAUUUGGCUACUGGGCAGAUCAACUUGGCAAUGGCAGAGCAAUAACACUUGGUGAAUAUGUCAACAGCAAAGGAAACCGUUGGGAAUUGCAACUUAAAGGUGCUGGCAAAACCCCCUACUCUAGAAAUGGAGAUGGGCGCGCUGUUUUGAGAUCGUCCAUCAGAGAAUAUUUAUGUUCAGAAGCAAUGCAUGCAUUAGGUAUUCCUACUUCCAGGGCUGCUGCAAUCGUCGUUAGCAAAGACAUGGUCGUUCGCGACCAAUUUUACAAUGGAAGGAUGAAAUACGAGCCGACAGCAGUUGUUCUUAGGCUCGCUCCUACUUGGUUCCGGAUCGGAUCAUUAGAAAUAUUAACAAGAGAGAAGGAAAUCAAAAACUUGAAGCAAGUUGUUGACUUCACAAUCGAACAUUACAUGCCCACGAUUCCACAAGGGAAUUACCUGAAAUUUUUGGAAACAGUCUUGGAACAAUCGACAGCGUUGGUUUCCCUGUGGAUGGCCCAUGGUUUCACGCAUGGAGUUCUGAACACGGACAACAUGAGUCUACUUUCCAUUACCAUUGAUUACGGCCCUUUCGGAUUUCUGGAUUCGUACAAUCCAUCGUUUGUACCCAAUCACAGUGACGAUGAGGGUCGCUACUCGUACCUGAACCAGCCGAAAAUAUUCAAAUGGAAUAUGGCCCGUUUGGCUGACGCCCUCCAGCCGCUGCUAUCCGCCGAAGAACAAAAAGAAGCUGCAGCCACCAUCGGCCGAUUUGACGAAAUUUACCAGCAGAAUUUUAUCUCGAUCUUCAGACGCAAGUUAGGACUCUCCAAGGCAGCAAAAGAUGAAGACAAACUUGUCCAACUCCUUCUGGACAUGAUGCAACAGCGACGGGCCGAUUUCACGCAAACCUUUCGACAAUUGGGUGCUAUUCAUUUGGACAACAUCGAGCUCGGUGAAGAACAUUGGGCCCUGCAUUCCAUAACGACCCAUCCCAGCUUCAGUGAAUUCAUCAGUCUGUAUCAAAAAAUCAUUCAAGAAACGGGAAUAUCGGACGAGGAGCGCUGCAGAGUCAUGAACGGUGUUAAUCCUCGGUACGUGCUCCGUAACUGGAUGGCUGAGGCGGCCAUUCGCCAGGCGGAGAAAGACGAUUUCCACCUGACCCACCUGCUGUCCAAAGUGUUGAGCAAACCUUACGACAAAGACGACGAAGCGGAAUCUUUAGGCUUUUCGAAUCCCCCGCCCGACUGGGCUUGCUCACUCCGAGUCAGCUGUUCCAGUUGAGAAGAUAAAACCCAACAGAAAUGAAUUGACACUCGACAUGUUGUUUAAAGUGACUUGAUUUUUUAAAUUUCGAUCAGCGAACUGUAACAUGCAUACACGGGAAAAAAGAAGAGAGAUAAGCAAUACAAUUUAUUGACGGUUA